AUGAAUUAUGGAAAUCCUCCACCCUACUUAGACCCUGGCCCAACUGCCCCAUAUCCACCAUAUGUACAGCAACCAGGUGGUCCUCAAGCUUAUUGUCCUGCUGGGACUCAAGGCCCAUAUCCAACCCCUAAUACAGGGUAUCCAUACCAAGGCUAUCCACAAUAUGGAUGGCAGGACAGACCCCAUCCAGAACCUCCCAAAAUCACAGUGUAUGUGGUGGAAGACCAAAGACGGGAUGACACAGGCCAAGCCACCUACCUCACAGAUUGCUGGACUGCUUUCUGUUGCUGUUACCUUUGGGACAUGCUGACCUGA